UAGUGCCAAAUAAUACUCUCCAUAUUUCAAAAAGAUGAAACUGAUAAAAUAAUGGAUAUCUUCUCCAUCUCCUCCGCCGUUCACUACUCUCACACACCACCACCUUUCACUCUCGCCGGUAAACACCACCACGCCACCACCACUUCCGCUGCCUCACUCAUCCUCGCCUCCAGCUCACCACAAGACUUUCCCCAAAAUCCCAACACCAAUUCCGCCGGCCUCCGCCGCCCCGCCACUCAGAAGCCUCUUAAAACCUCCAUCCCGCAGCAACCCUCCCAACUUCCAGAAAACCCCCUCAAAAAGUUCGUCAACUUCCAAAAUACCCCCUCCGCCACCAAUUCACCACCCCACGACACUCUCAGCAACAAAUUAUGGCUAUCCAGCAAACUUUCCCCUCCUCCACCCCCACCCCCACCCCCACCCCCACCACCACCCCCAUUGCGAGAAAUUGAACUCGAAGAUGAGGGUUUUGAAAAUUCAGAAGAAAAAAAAAAAGAAGUGGAGUUCAGGGAAAAGGGCAAGAUCUUCGUGGGUAAUUUACCACUCUGGAUAAAGAAAAUCGAGGUAGCCGAUUUCUUCAGGCAAUUUGGGCCGAUAAAGAAUGUGAUUCUGGUAAAGGGUCACAAUGACCUAGAGAGGAAUAUGGGGUUUGGGUUUGUGAUCUACAGCGGGAGCACGGCCGAAAAGGCGGCAAUGAAGGCCGUCGAAUUCGAUGGGGUCGAGUUUCGCGGACGGGUGUUAACCGUGAAGUUGGAUGAUGGAAAUCGAAUAAAGGGGAAAUAUUUCGAUAGGGCAAAGUGGGUGGAGGGCAAAGAAGAUGAUGCGGUGGAGUAUAGGUCCAAGUGGCAUGAAGAAAGGGAAGUUUCACGAGUCGAUUUCCGGAAGGUUCUAGAAUCCCAACCCGAGAAUUGGCAGGCCGUUGUGGAAUCGUUUGAGCGGAUUAAGAAGCCUUCAAGAAAAGAGUUCGGGUUGAUUGUGAACUACUACGCAAGGCGAGGAGACAUGCAUCGUGCACGUGAAAUGUUUGAGAAGAUGCGGGCCCGCGGAAUAGAGCCAACAUUACAUGUAUACACAAACCUCAUUCUUGCAUAUUCAGUAGGAAGAGAUAUGGACGAAGCACUGUCAUGCGUUAGGAAGAUGAGAGACGAGGGCAUUGAAUUGAGUUUGGUAACGUACAGUAUUAUUGUCGGAGGAUUUGCAAAAACGGGGAACAUUGAAGCUGCAGAGCGUUGGUUUAAGGAGGCGAAAGAAAAAAUCACAUCCCUAAACGGAAUCAUAUACGGGAACAUCAUUUAUGCUAAUUGUCAAACGUAUAACUUAAACCGUGCCGAAGAAUUGAUAAGAGAGAUGGAAGAAGAGGGUAUAGACGCUCCGAUCGACAUAUAUCACACCAUGAUGGAUGGUUAUACGAUGACGCAGAAUGAAGAGAAAUGUCUAAUGGUUUUCGACAGACUUAAGGAAUGUGGCUUUACACCAUCGGUAAUUACUUACGGGUGUCUCAUCAAUCUUUAUACCAAGAUAGGAAAAGUUCACAAAGCUAUGGAAAUCAGCGAGGCUAUGAAAACGGCAGGCAUAAAGCACAACCUGAAGACGUAUUCCAUGUUGAUAAACGGGUUUAUAAUCUUGAAAGAUUGGGCAAACGCUUUUUCGGUUUUCGAAGAUUUAGUUUCGGAUGGUUUAAAACCGGAUGUCAUUCUCUACAAUAAUAUCGUAAAAGCAUUUUGCGGAAUGGGUAACAUGGAUCGAGCUAUUCGUACAGUCGAGGAAAUGAAAAAGGAGAGGCGUAGGCCAACUUCUAGAACAUUCAUGCCUAUUAUUCAUUCCUUCGCACGAGCUGGAAAUAAUCGAAGAGCACUCGAUGUUUUUGAUAUGAUGAGAAAAAGUGGCUGCAUACCCACUGUUCAAACUUAUAAUGCUCUCAUUCUUGGCCUCGUCGAAAAACGUCAGAUGGACAAGGCUGUGGGUAUAUUAGACGAGAUAUUGCUAGCUGGCAUAAGUCCGAACGAGCAUACAUACACAACAAUUAUGCAUGGAUAUGCAUCGUUGGGCGACACUGGAAAAGCUUUCGAGUAUUUUUCAAAAUUGAAAAACGAGGGGCUUGAGCUCGAUGUGUAUACUUACGAGGCCUUACUCAAAGCGUGCUGUAAAUCAGGCAGGAUGCAAAGUGCUUUAGCUGUCACUAAAGAGAUGAGAGCUCAAAAUAUCCCUAGAAAUACUUUUAUAUACAACAUAUUAAUCGACGGAUGGGCGCGAAGGGGUGAUGUAUGGGAGGCUGCAGAUUUGAUGCAGCAAAUGAGGCAAGAAGGGGUACAGCCAGAUAUCCAUACUUACACGUCUUUCGUAAAUGCUUGUUGCAAGGCUGGAGAUAUGACGAGAGCAACAAAAACGAUUCAAGAAAUGGAAGCACACGGAGUGAAGGCCAACGUAAAAACCUACACGUCACUCAUACACGGGUGGGCCCGUGCGUCCCUCCCCGAGAAGGCAUUGAGAUGCUUCGACGAGAUGAAACGGGCCGGGCUAAAGCCCGACAAAGCCGCGUUCCAUUGUCUGAUGACAUCACUGCUGACUAGGGCAACCGUGGCAGAGGGCUACAUCUACAACGGAAUCUUGAAAUUGUGCGAGGAGAUGGUGGAGUGCGGUUUGACGGUCGAUAUGGGCACCGCGGUUCAUUGGUCGAAAUGCUUGCGGAAAAUCGAACGGAGCGGCGGUGGAAUAACUGAGGCCGUUCAGAGGACUUUCCCUCCCGAUUGGAACUCGCACAAGACCCUCACCGCUAUUUCUGAUGUCAGCAAUGAUGACAGCGAUGAUGAUGAUGGUGAUGAUGAUGACAGCGGGUUUCGAGACAGUGAUUCCGAUGGUGAAGAUGUCACGGAUUUCAACGGAAAGUUUCGAUCUUGAGAUUUCUUGUUUCUUUUUUUUUUUCGUUCUUAUUUGCAGUUUUGUAAAGGUAAUUUUUUUUUUUCUGUGAAGAUUUUGAAGUGUUGAUUGUUAAUUUGGACAACAUAGGAAAGUGCUACCUAGGAUUUUGUCCAUAAUGCUUUGUCUGUAAAAUGAAUGCUUUAAAAUCAGAGCAGCAGGGUGAUACGAUAUAUUAUUUAAUAUACCAUUUAAUUAUUAGUUA